CAAGAUCUAUUUUUCUGCGGUCCUAUACUAUGGCAGCCUCCAUGUGCCACGUUGAAAAAUCGUGAUAAAACUUUAGACUUUAUUCUCUAUUCGAAGGUGCAACACAGUCCGAAUUAUCAUCUAGAUAGUACAAAAGAUAAAGAAAUAUGUCGGAACCAAGAUUGCCAGCGGAGUCUGUGAAGGCGAUGGGCUCAGAAGAGAUUUCGAAGCAGUCCAUACGCAAAGUUGUCUGGGAUUACCUGGAACAGAACAACCUUGUUAACUUCCCACGUCCAGUUUACAACAGGAUACCAAACUUCAAGGGAGCAGCCAAUGCUGCCGAGAAGGUGCCAACAAUGGCUGAGUUCAAAUCGGCUAGAGUUGUGAAAGUGAACCCGGAUAAACCACAGGAGAAUGUGCGCUUCCUUACUCUGGAGGCAAAUAAGACAUUACUGGUGCCAACUCCACGGUUGAGGACAGGCCUCUUCAACAGGAUUGUGGUGCCAGAAGGGGCUAAUAAGGAUAUGCUGAGGAUCUGUUCUACGACUCAGGGAGUGAGGGAACACAGCGAACCAAUAGGUCUGGAUGACAAAAUAAAGGUUGACCUCAUCAUCAUAGGUUCCGUGGCAGUGUCCAAGGAAGGUUUUCGUAUUGGUAAAGGUGAGGGUUUUGGAGACUUGGAGUAUGCCAUGAUGAAAAGCAUGGGUGCCAUUGAUGACAGCACUAUUGUGAUUUCGACCGUCCAUGACUGUCAGGUUCUUGAUAUCCCCGAGGCCCUGAUGACUCCCCAUGAUGUUCAGGUAAACUACAUAGUCACGCCAACUGAGAUCAUCAAGUGUGACUGCAAACGAGCUCAACCCAAGGGUAUUGUCUGGUCUUACCUUACACCAAAGAAAAUGCGUCAAGUUGCAAUCCUUAAGCGCCUGCGUGCCUUGGAGCGUGAGGCUGGAGUGGAUGUAACACUUAAAGACGGAGAGGAGUUUGACGAGACAGCUGAUGAUGGGGAGGAUGAAAAAGAAGGUGAGAAUGAUCGUUAUCGUCGCAGACGCCCACCAUUCAACCGGAGACGUCGUGCCCCAGGUGGGCGUGGACGUCGUAGGCCCAACAGUGAGCGAGAUGGAGAAUCGGCCAACGAGGAGCGUGGUGAGUCGUCGGGUAAUGAAGCAACGCAUGCUGAUGGUGAUCAGAGGCGUGAGGACCGUCCUCAGCGCAGGAGACGUCCACGACCUCCACGCAGAAGGAGGAGGGCAUCUGAUCGUCGUGAUGAGGGCGAAGAGAACUCUGAGCAGAACGUAGAUGACUAUUCACCCAGGGAAGGAGAUGGUGAUAGGGAGAUACCAGACAAGCGAAGAGGCAAGGGAGGUGAACGUCGUGGCCCACGUAGAAUGAGAAACAACCCUCGUACCAGGAUGCCUACAAUUUUUGUUGGAAGCAUUCCACGCGCAACUCGUGUCAGUGAACUGAAAACCAAGAUCCGUGAAAUGGAUAUCUUCCCGAUUCGCGUUAUAUGGCAUGGGGCACGCGGAUAUGCAUUCUUUCAAUUCACAAAACAGAGUGAAAUGGAAACAGCCUUAGACUCUCUGAAAGAAUUUGAAAUUAAUGGCAAGCAGCUUAGAAUUGAAGAAUCCAAGCCACCGACAAAUCGGUCAAAUAAUUCAUCUGGAGAACGUGGAGAGGUUGGAGACCACGAUGUCAAUGGUGCCGCAGAUGGUAUGCAGCAGAUGAAUAUCAGGAGUGAUGAUUGAGGGGGUACUGGAGAUAGGUGGUUGGGACGUGUGUAGCACUUCAUGCUGUGCCCAAAUAGUGCUAAGGUAUAUAUAUACUGUUAUUUAAAAUCAGUGACCGACGACUCCAGUCUCAGUGGCAGGACAUGUAGGCCUGUAGCAAAUUAUCCUGAUGAUCGUUCGUGGUUUUAAUGAGAGAUGACAUGAAACUAGACUGAGAAGUAAUCAUUACCACUAACCCUCUGUAGUGAGUGUCGUUGAUCCUGUUAUACAGUCAUGGAAGGAGGCCAUCCAGUUUUGUUUUGUUUGGAAUGGAAUGAGGUGUAUCAACACUACAGACAUGAUUUUUGUCCACUUAAUUUCAUGGUGAAUGGGAGUUUUCUGAUAAUCUUGAUUCAGAAUCGAUGAUUCUAGACUGAUAAAUUGACUGAAAAAUGCACAAGUCCCUGAGGUCAAUCAUACAACCCUUGUAUGUGAUGGGCUCGAGACCUAAUCAGUUUUUCACUUUUGAUGGUAAAAGCAUAUUUUUUUAAAAUCUGUUGCUGGAGGGCAUGUUCAUUUAAAAGGUCACAAAGAAGAAAAAUGUUCUUAAUUUUGAUUAAAAUCAUAUUCAUUGAAAUGUUUGACACAAAAAUUUCUUAUUUCUCAUGUUUUGUCUUUCGCUGGUUAGUGUCUCAUCUUUAGAUGUUUUAAGUUUUAGAGACAGCUUUUCAUUGGUAGCAUAUUUGGCAAACUGGUUUUGAUUGGUGGAACCCUUUGACCUUAGUAACUCAGAGUUGUACGUGUGAUUUGUUUGGCUGGAAGACUAGGUAAUUGCAAUUAGAUCGGUUGCAUCACUUAACAAUAACAGCUGUUUUCAUGAGAUAUUACCAGGUAAUUCAUGAAAUCCCUGAUGUAUGAUGUAGCAGUCGACAACAUUGAUCAGAGAGUGGUUAAUUAGACUUACUGAAUGCACAAAAUGUAAUUUAUAUCUUAGAUAGGCGACUACUGAUUUUCGAUUUUUUUGAACAAAAAUACCUAUCAAUUGUUCAUGGCGGAAGUAAAUAUGAAAUGUAUUUGUACUAUUGCUAUAUUGGGGUAUCUCAUUGCAUCGUGCUCCAAAUGCAAUCCUGAUUUGUAAUGUAUGGCAGGGUAAUUUGUGUGAAUACAGAAUCAGUUCUUUCAGGAUCUCUGAGCAUGUACCCUCAAGUUUAAAACUCCCAACCAUUCAGUAAAUACAAGAUGAUGAAAUAUUUAGGUAUUAGAUAUUUUGGUUUUUAUUGGAGUAAUAUGUAUAGUUGUGUUUUGUUAUCGGGCAGAUUUACUGUUGUAUUGAUAAAAAUAUCUUUAAUGCUGUAAAGAGUGAAUCUUUUGCCGAAAUCAGUAGAAAUUUGCCUGAAGCCUAGGUUGUACAAGAAUCUGUAAACAAAGCAGCCAAAUUGAAAAAAAUCACAUUAUAACGAAACGUUUCGUCUUUAGAUUUGUAAAAAAUUUGUGCUAUUCUGGAUUCCAAGUGCCUUUUUUUAUCAUAAAAUUACCGAAUUUUUUCUAACAAAUUUUAAAGAAAUGCAUUAUUACUGUAUGCCUAUGUAUUAUCAGGAGAAAGCUGUACAGAUGUUUGAAGGUCAGAAGGGUUUCAACCACCAAAAAAUAUGUACAAACUACAUGUAUUCUUUUAUUUUUAGUAUUAAAGUUUUGGAAUGGGUGCUUGAAAAAAUGGAUUGAAAAGGAAUUUCUACCCGACAGCUUAUACCCAUUACAGUUGUGCUUAUUUGUCUGUGUGUAUAUAGAUUAUACAUAGAUGUGUUCAAGGUUGGACAUAUAAUUUAACAAGUUUGUGCAAUUUCAUGAUUUUCAUUUUUGCAGUUUUGGUGAGUGCAUCAAUCUUCAACACAUCCAUACAUGAAGCUGUUUUAAACUUAAGUUUCUUGCAUAUCGUAAUUAACAACUAACAGGUCUGAAAUUAGUGAGUAGAUUUUUAAGGUUAUAUGCUACCUUCUCCAACCUAUAAGUCAUUUCCUUAAGAACUGGUAAAGUAUAUUUUGAUUUCAUUGACUUGGACCGAUUUAUUUGGAGUUAAUGGAGGAAUCCAGAAUCCUAAAGGGGGAAAUAAAUGACAAUAUGUUAUGAUACAUUUUCAUAUCAUGAGUUUUCAAGGGAAAUAACUCUUGACACAAAAGUACAAUAUGUAUGGUAGCAUAUAACUUCAAUAGCAGUAGUGAUCUUGUAUCCUUAGCCAUUAAUCCUUUUAUAGUGUAAACAAUGCUUCACAGAAAUCCUCAAAAGCUAUCCUGUUUUUUGAGCUUAGAACAGCAGCAUUAUCUGCCAAAGACAUCAAGUGAACUAUGCAAUUUUGAUCCAAAUAAGUGCCAGUUAUUUUCUGUAUUUAGGGGGAAAUAAAGUUCUGUUAACUUCAAAAGAUGAAAUACAUAAAAUUGCUGGGUAUAUUGUGAUUCCGUUAAUGGGCUAGAAGCCUGUCUGUCACGGUCUAUAUAUAAGUUUAUCAGAGUUGGGUUUCUGCUGAUCUUUAAGCAAAAAUAGCAGUUAAAUUUAGUACAGAAGAUAGUUACUUUUUGGAAUAAAUCUAUUUAGUGGUAACUUAAUACAUUUUGAUAUUAAUUAGUAACUUCAAAAGAAUAAAAUUUGACCAAGACAUGAUCACACUAUGAAAUUUGUUCUACUUUCUGUUUAUUUUCAAUGCUAGCCCACUUGUAAGUUAACUGUUGGGAUGUCUUUUCUUUUAAUUUUCUCAUGGUAUUUAUGUGAAAUUGUAAAAUUCUUCCUUCUAGGGAAAAAAUCCUUUCCAGAGGUAACUCCUAAAACUCAGCAGAAACCCACUUUUUAAGUAUUUUAAGAUAAUUAUAAAAAAAAAAACUAAUUCAAUAUUGAUGACUGCCAUUUAUUAUUCCAACCCUGUUUGUAAUUAAAGGUCUUGAUUUGUGCAGUGUUAUAUAUUCGGUAAUUUUAAGAGAAGUUAUGUAGAAAUUGAAUUCUCUUCAAAAAAGUUAUGAAAUUCUAUGAGGUUGUGACUCGAGAAAGCAUGACUGCAAUAUCAUAGUUUAUAGAUAUAGUUUUUUAUUAAUCAAUAAUGAUUUAAUAAUAAAACGAUGCGUUGUCAUUAUUGAA